AUCAGUGAUCCGCGAGACAGCGACGAUGGCAGACGUGCUUGCUCUAGCGCAGCUGGUGAGAGAGAAGCUCGCCGACGAACGUCCGGAACCGGAGGUGAAGGUCGAAAGGUUUGACAGUGGCGGUGCCAACUAUACCUCUGCACUCUUUAAAAUACUCGUCACGCGGAGCGGACGCGAUGAUUUGUAUCUGUUUGCGAAGGUCGCUUCCUUCAGCCAGGCCAUGAGAACGAAGGUGAACACCGACUGGAUCUACUCCAACGAGCAGUUUGUGUACACGACGAUGGUUAAGAUCUACGACAAUCUCCAGGAGAGCCACGACAUUCCGCUGGAACAUAGAUUCAUCUUUCCCAAGUACUUCGGACACAGAUCGACGUAUGGCCACGAGGCUAUCGUCACCGAUGACCUGGGCGUCCAGGGGUACAAAUGUUUCGACAGACUCGCCUCCAUGAAUUGGGAGCAAGCUUCGAAGUCGGCGGAGAUUCUUGCCAAGUUCCACGCGCUGUCUUUCGUGUUUGCACAUGAACAACCCGAGGAGUUCGAGAAGAUAGCAGCAGGAAUGCAGUACGGUAUUGGUGUGAAUGGGGAUGAGGCCGCAAAGGAAAUUUAUGUGAAGAUGGUGGAAAAUUGUUUGGCGACGCUACCAGAAGACUACAGGGACAGAGUGAGAAAGAUAGUCUACAGCGAGGACGUGAUGAAAUAUCACAAUAAGCCAGUAAAGAAGGUCGUACUGGCGCAUGGCGAUUUCAGACUCAGCAAUUUGAUGUUUAAAAGAAAGGAUGGUGUUUUGCACGCACGAGCUGUGGACUACCAGAUGAUGCAUGCCGGCUGCGCGCUGGCGGACCUCAUUUACUUCAUCACUGUCGGUUCUGAUAAGCAGUUCCGGGACAAAUACUUUUAUAAGCUUAUCGAAUACUACCGGACGCAAUUAGAACUUGCGCUUUCGAGGUUUUCACUCGACAUUGAAGAAGUAUACCCCAAGAAAAUAUUUGACGAGGAACUAGCUGCGGUACUGCCUCUUGCCGUGGUCAUCGGCGUGAUGAUCCUGCCGCCGGUGAUAGCGGACGCGGACGAUGCUCCCAAGGCGGGGAGCAAUUUCGACGUCUUUGAGUCCAUGGUGAAACCGGGCCAGCUGUACACGGAGCGAUUUAACGAACUCAUACAGGACUGUAUAGAUUGGGGCGUUGUAUGAUUUAUAUUGAUGAUGAUACUAUAACAUCAGCGUAAUGAGAAGGAAAUUGUUCGAGGCUAUAGUUCCUUGUUAUGUUUUUCGUUUUACUUAAACUAAGUUCACAUUGCCUAGCACCGUCGCAUGGGUUAUGUAAACGUACGUAAAAUCUACAGUUUCACAUUUAAAAGUUAUUUCAGUAUUAUGUGGUUGUUGUUUUACCAUAAUAUUAACAACUGGUUUGGUGCUAAGAAUUUUUAUAUUGAUAGGUAUUAUUAUAAACAAUAUUUUUUUUUUACUUUACGUGUACACACAAAAUUUGGAUUAAAGAGAUUUU